CAAAUUACAAAAUAAAAAAUUAUUUUAAAUUAUUAAACACAAUGGAGUGAGUCCAAAUUUAUAUCAGUGACUAAAGGCUGUUUACAUUUAAGCCAAAUUCGAGGUAGCACAAUUAUCAAACUUAUUAUUAUUGAUGGACACACGGACAGAACGAACAGCAAGCUGGCGAAACGAUUGGAAGAUUCCAAUGGCCAACAACAGAUCGAACCAAAGUUAUAUCCACGUUGGUGGAGCGGCGGCGUGGCGGGCGCCAUCACCCAGACGGUAACGGCUCCAUUGGAUCUGGUUGAGUCGCGCAUGGUGACCAUCAGAAAGGAAGUGGGUUUGGUGCGCUGUUUGCGUCGAGCUGUCCGGGAAAAUGGGUUUUUAUCCCUGUACGAUGGCUUGGGCGCCCAGGUUCUGAGGCAGCUCACCUACACGACCGUGCGGUUUCACCUCUACGAAUUGGGUAAAAUGCAGGUGGACGAGUGCAGCUUUUUGAAGAAGGUUGGCAUCGCCACUAUGGCGGGUUGUUUGGCGGGUGCGGUGGGCAUUCCCACGGAGCUGGUCAAUACGCGGAUGCAGGUGGACCGAGCUCUGCCCAGCCAUAUGCGCCGGAACUACCGCAAUGUCUUUCAUGGACUGUACCGUGUGGCCAAGGACGAGGGCUACAAGGCGCUCUACAGCAGCUUCGUGCUCACGUGCGUAAGAUCAGCACUUACCACCAUCGGUCAGAAUGCGAUCUAUGAUCAGGCCAAGGAGAACUACAUGCAGUACUUUAAACUCAAACAUGACAGCACCCUUCUGCAUCUGAUGAGUUCAGUGACUGCUGUCUCUGUGUUUGGACCCAUAAUUCAGCCUCUGGAGAACAUAAGAACGAUCAAGAUGGUGAAAAACAUGAGCCUAAAGGCUUCCAUUUUCCAUUUAAUGAGCUUUGGGCCACUCGGACCGUUCCGUGGAAUGGUGCCAUCCAUGUUGCGACUAGUGCCCAAUACAGUCCUCACAUUUCUGCUCUACGAGAAGAUCCGGAUUCACUUUGGAUACUACGCGGCGAGCAAGGCCUGUAGUCAGUAAUUGAAGAGGUGUGUGUAUGCAUUUGGAGGCUAUGUUUACAUUUUUCUAUUUAUGAAAUUCGGGGAAUUGUAGUAGAAUUUUGUAAAAAUAUCCCCCAAAGGUAUGUCAAU